UCUGUCAACAAUCAAUGUGAAACACGCGCUUUUGGGAAAACAACGUUGUUGGUUCGUGGUGCGUAGUUUUUUAAAAGGUAGUAAUUUUUGUUCAGAAAUAAUAAGGCAAAAUGACCGUAAUGGAAACCGAAACCACCGCCAAGCCGGUGGUGGCCGACAGAAAAGCAUCAGCAGUGGGAAAGGAAAAGAAGAAACACAGACGACUACGGAAACGGCAACGUGAUGCUAGGAAGCGAAUCGCCGGCAACCUACAGCCAAAGGAGCAGAAAAAAGAACCGAAAAAGGAGCCGAAAAAGGAGAAAAAGGCCAAACAACCAGCAAAGAUAAGCAGCAAAAAAGGAUCCGGCAUUGUGUUCAUCAAGCAUCUUCCGAAAGGCUUCUACGAGGAUGAGCUGCGACAGUUCUUCGAGCAGUUCGGUGAAGUGAUGCGGGUGGCCGUGGCCCGGUCACGCAAAACGCAACGCUCGAAGGGCUACGGGUACGUGCAGUUCCGGUUCUACGAGGUGGCGGACAUUGCGGCGAGCGCCGUCAACAACUACAUGAUGUUCAACAGCGUGCUGAAGACGAGCCUGCUGCCCAAGCGAAUGUUUAACAUACCGAAAAACUUCGGCAAAGCGUACGACUCCAAGGGCGAAAAGACGGAAGCCUACCAGCGGUGGCUGAAGGCGCAGGUGAAGCGUGCCAACGGGUACGUGGGCAGUCUGGAGAGCAGUGUGCGCUGUAGGAAACAGAUCAGCCGACUGAUGCGAGCCGAGAAGGAGCUGACCGAGGCGGGAAUUGAGGUGGCCGAGGUGGCGAGCUGUCUGUCCAAGUUGAAGCAAACGGCCACGGAUCUGCAACAGCGGCACGCGAUCGAGCUGGCUAGAAUGCCGAAACCGCAACCUAGGGAGAAGGCACAGAAGGCGAAGGAGGAAACGGAGCCAGCAGCAGACACGAACGGAAAGGCAAGUGACGAUGAGGAGGAUGAGGCGUUCACGCUACUGAAACCAUCGGACUGGCAGGAGGUGGAACCGGUCGGGAAGGAGGAGCCCGCCAAGGAGAGUAAGGCAAGUGCGGUGAAGAAAGCGCAGGAAAAGUUGAAAGAAUUAGAGCAGGAAAAGAAGGGAGUCAACAAACCGGGCACAGCGGCGGCUAAAGGCAAGGAAAACAAGAAAGCUGAGACGCCGGACAAAAAGCUACGCAAGAGAGAGAAGCUUCCCCUGUCGAAGGCGAAGAAGCCGCUGGUGGCAGGAGGUGGUGUUUCCGCAAAGCAGGCGGCUAAAAAGGAAAAGCUUUCUCUGGUGAAGAAGAACAAAGUUGAAGAGCUGACCGUGGAAAGUGCGGCCCCGGUUGGUAAGAAAGCCAAGCGGGCCGAUGCUGUUAAGGAAGUGAAGCCGGCUAAGGUAGCGAAAAAGGUAAAGUAGGACCGUUUGCGAAAACGCUUGCGGUUUUCGUUAACGCACACUCUUUAAAGGAGAAUGAAAGAGUACAUAGCAGCAAGCCGUUGCUAAGGGCAUGCUCGAAUUCGUUGCAUGCAAUGGCGAAAGUAAACCAAGCCUUGUAGUGUAACGUUGUCACAGCAGAGAAAGGAGUUUAUUCAAUAUUAAUAAAUCGCUUUCGGGCGGCAAAUGGCUAAACAUAUGAUUUAGUCCUUA